UCUAUACUCAUUCAUUGUAUACUUAGGUGGAAACAAGUUUGAAAAAAAAAAUACUAUACUAGCUUCCAUUGUUCAUUCAAUGGCCAAAAUAUAUCCACAAACACUCAAGAACUACUCUUCUUCUUCUUCUUCGUCUUCGUCCUCGUCCUCGUCCUCGUCCUCGUCUUGUUAUGUGACAUCCACUAGAGAAAUAUUUACCAUAUGGAUGAAAUCUCUAGUGUAUCAUGGGAAUGGUUGUACUGUUUUUAAUUCUAAAGGCGAUAUUGUUUUUAGAGUUGAUAAUUACCAAGAAAGAAAUAGUAAUGAAGUUUUCCUCAUGGAUCUUAGUGGACAAGUUCUCUUCUCAAUUAAAAAAGAGAGACUAAGAUUACUUGGUAGAUGGAGUGGAUAUUUAAGUGGUGGAUUUAAAGGAAAGCCAUGGUUUCAAGUGAGAAGAAAUUGGAAAUAUUCAAAAGGAGAUGUUAUUUGUGAUGUAAAUUUAGGGUGUGAUAAAUCUAUUGGAAGUUGUUAUAAGAUUCAACAAAUUGACAAAAAAUCAUCAUUUCAAAUCUCAAAUGAUAUUGGUCAACUUGUAGCAAAGGUAAAUCAAAAGCAAUCAUCAAGAGGAUUUGGGUAUGGUGAUGAUGUGUUAAAUCUAGAAGUGGAACCUCAAGUUGAUUACUCAUUUAUUGUGGCUCUUGUGACAAUAUGUGGUUUGAUUAAACACAAAUUAUAAAGACCACAAUUAGUCUAAAUUGACUUUUGCAAGAUCAAAAUCGGAUAGCGAGCACGAAUGCGAUCGAAUGAAAAAUUUUCGAUUUUCAGUUCAGAAUUUGAUGUGAGGAAAAAAAUCCUAGAUCAGUCCCUUGAUCUCAGCGCAACGUGUGAGACUUAGUCAAGAGAUCGAUUUGAAGAUAUUAAUUUGAAAAAAGAAAAAAGAAAAAGGAAAGAAGGUGGAUAUUACUUUGAUUCAUGUUCAUGUUCAUUUUGGGCCUUCUGUUGAUUAAAA